AUGGGGGGGGUUGAAGAUUUAGAGAUUGUCGUCGAGAGCCGUUGCAAGCAAUUUGGAUUCUAUCGGUUAGAUAGAUGCCAGAAUGUGCGGCUGAAACGCCUUCUGCUAUCCAAUUUCUGUCAUUAUUAUGCAACCCCCCCAUUGUUUUUUCAGAGGCUCACAACACUUACUCUGUGCAAGGGAAGUUCACGUCCCCACCUCGUAUACGAUAUUCUGAGAGAUUGCUUGCAGCUGGUGGAUUUGAGGCUGAGGGAUAGUCCGCAUAGCCGAGCUCCUUUACACGUCAAUUUUCCUAACUCAAGGUUGAAGAAUCUGCAAGUGGACAACUGCGAUAUUUUUAAAAUCUAUCUGACUUCAGUGCCUUGUCUUGAAACAUUUGCUUGUCGGGGUCAGCCAACCAAACUACGCUACGGUGAGGUGCCUCGGCUUAGGCAUGUGAGUUUGAACUUCUUGGAAACUGGAUAUGCAUAUACUGGUGAGCAUGAUUUGAUUCCUAGAAAAAACACCCAUUCACUAAGCAAAUUCUUUAAAGGGGUGCCGCCACCAGUAGAGGAGCUUUUUCUGCAAUUGAGAGGGCAUCAGAUGUGGAUUAAACCAACCGCCAUAAUCAGCCGGCUUAACAAUCUGAAGAAGUUAUUCAUUGCAAACGUGCCAACGGACUGGGACACAUUCUGGAUUUUCAUCCUAUUUGCUGCCGCACCUUACUUGCAGUCGCUCCAUGUUCAUUUUGACAAUAACUUGGAGAAGGUGAGUGCUGCUGGAUCACUAGACGUGCAGGUCGAGCAACCACAGCACCAUCACCUGAGAGAACUCGUGGUCAUCGCCUUCGAUGGAGUGGCGUCGCAGACUGGCUUUGUGAAGCGGAUCAUGAGGGCGUCGCGGCGGCUGGGGCGCGUCCAUUUGCUCGACGGGCACGUCGUGGAGGACGAGGAGCAGGAGCUCAUCGGACUGGAGAUUCUCCCGCACCGGCGGGAGUGGCAUGAGUGCGAGAGGUUGGAGGUGCUCGAAGAACUCACGGAUGGCACUGGCUUCCCAGUUCACAAGAUAGUUUUGGAGUGA